AGAGCAGAGAACAGUCGUAGACCGUUGUAGGAUCUCGGCUCUUGGACAGCAAAACGAAAGGCUGCUGCUGGCAUAGCUGGCAGACUGGCAGACUGGCAGGCAAGCAGGCUGGCAGCCACUUCGAUUUGAAGCCAGUCAAAAAUGGUCCAUCGACGUGAGAUGAACAGCAACGAAGGCAGCAGCACCCGAGAGCACCGCCAGCAAAAUCGCAACCGCUGCCCAAAGCCAAAGCCAAAAGCAACGCCAACCGAACCGGGCCAAAUCUAAGAGAACGUGUCCGUGUGUGAAGUGAAAUAGAAGUGCUUGUGUAAGUUUAAUUACGAAAAUUUUGCUGCAGCCGAGCGAGAGCGGGAUUAAAAACAAUAGCAAUGCCAUGACUGUAAAUGCCUUUUCAAAAGUGCCACAUACACAUGUAAAAAACUAAACACCAACAACGUGUAGAACGAAAUUAAAAGAUAUUAUGUUGCUGCCAACAUGAGCAGAAAGUCAGCAGCAACACCCUGGAAAUAAGCCAACACCAACACGCAGAAGAAACUGAAUAAAACAACACAAAAAUUCUUCAUCUACUAAAAGUUAAGAGAAGGAAAACAAAAUAAGAAAAUUAUAAUGAUGAUGGAUUAACUGAUCCAAGUUGUUGUGGUGCGGUGUGCGAGAAGGCAAGAGUGCGGAAAAGAGACAGAGCCAAAAACGGAAACGGAACUCAGUAGCAGCUACUGGCAGGAGCAGCAGCAACAUCGGCACUUCGGCAACAUUGCAACUGGCAGGAGCAGCAGAAACAGAAACAAAAUCAGAUAGUAGUCUGCAAUAUCCUUAUUAAUAUCAUCUGCUGCUGCACUUUGUUUUGCUGAGACAAACACAUCCUUUUUUUCUAAUCCUGUUUUGCUAAAUCAGUCAAGCUGGCGUCGUUAAAGCAAAGAAAUAACAACAAUCCUAUAAGCAAUUACAAUAACAAUAUAAUGUGGAGUAGUACAAUAUCACCAACAAACUCUAAGAAACUAUUAAUCGGAAGCACACGAAGCGUUGAUUAUGUCGGUGAUAGUGCAAGGACAACAGCAGCCAAUAUCAAAACAGGAGCAGCAGCAGCAGGAGCCAAAGGAUCAAAAGCGAAAGCCACCGCACUUGCCACCACAGCCGCCACGAAUACAACAACCAAAAUCUCAAUUGAAAUGGAGCUUCAUAUACAGAAUAAGUGCAUUUCGGCAUAGCGCAUCACUCUGGAGGGUGGUGCGGAGCCGCCAUGGCUGCAGGGCCCCCUUAAAGCCGCAUUUUUGGGGGCUACUGGCGUCGGCAAAACAAGCAUAUUACAGCAAUUUUUCUACCAUGACUUUCCCAAGACUCAUCAGACGACAACACGUCGGAAGAUUUAUAAAAACUGUCUGGUCUGCGACACCUGCAUACGUGAGCUGAUGGUACUGGACGUUCCACCCCAGAAGCGUUUUCCGGCUGACAACUUCGCAGAAUGGAACAACGGGCAUCCGCUGGGGCUGCGAACGGUGCACGCCUACGUCCUGGUCUAUGACAUGGGCAAUUUGGAAACAUUUCAGUACUGCCGCUCGAUGAGAGAUCAAAUCUUGGAUAGUUUCAGUCAUCGUGAUUUUAGCAUAAUUGUGGUUGGCAAUAAAUUUGACAAUGUGACUGAGGCGCAGGCCAACUCGCAGGAGCUCAAGGAUAUUUCCACGCUGGUGCGCAAACAUUGGCGCUGUGGCUACGUCGAGUGCUCGGCGCAAUAUAACUACAAAAUCGGCGAUGUAUUCCGUGAGCUAAUGGGCUGCACCAGUUCGGGAGGCGGCGCCGCCGGAGGAGGUGUCGCCGGAGGCGGUGGCCUGGUUGGCACUGAGUACUCACAAUCAACUAGGAAUAAAGGACGCUGUACAAUACUUUAGCAAAUGUUGCAUAAGUUUUUUAAGCAAACAUUUUGAUCUGGCGCAUUAUACCCGAGCGAAUUCCCCCGUGCAGCAGCUGCUGGUGGCAAGGUGGCGUAUACGAAAUCUGGUAGUGCCAACGUGGCGUAUACGCAAUCUUGAAGAAGGAGACACAACAGCAACAAUGCUUCCACUCGCCAACGACGCCAGCAGAUGCAUAUUUUAGCAUAAAUUUUUAGUGGCCAAACUCCCAGGACAUCCGCACUCCAACCCCACCCAUUCCCAGCUUCUUUUGUUUGCCAUUAUUACAACAUUUUGCUGGCUGCUUUUAUGGGUGCUUUUUGUCGGGCAGCAGGGCGCUCAUUUAAAUGGCAGCGGGACUGCCAAAUGGGAGAUGCAUUUAACCAACAGCCACUGCAUUCCUGUGCAGUCCGAGAUCCCGACCAUCCUCGCUGACAACUUUUGUGCAUCCGCAUUUGCAAUUCAAUGCCCGUAAGAUGGCAGGAAGUGCAGCUGCCAUGAAUAUGCAACGAUAUCCCCAAAGUGCAGCAACAAUUGCCGAUGCAAAAGUUUGAUUUCUUUAUUAUUAUUGUAUAUUUGUGGCUAUUAUUUCUGUCGUGAAAAGUAAAUAGGCAAUUAAUCCCACCAUAAUUUACAAUACAUUUUAUGUACGAUCGAAUAACCUUGUUAUUAUUAAGUAAUUAAGUAGUAAACCUAAGCUAUACACAAAUAUGUAAACAUACUUUAACGUUGUGAUCAUUUCAAGAAUUAGUUGUUAAGCCAAGGCAAACAAAAUGUCAGUUAAUGUCAAGUAAAGUCAAGUCUCCGAAACUGAAUUAAGAAAGUACGUAAAUUUAGGACAACAUAUGACUAAGAGCAAAUUUAUAAAUACCCAUAAGUAUUUUAGAAGAGGGUCGAACGAGUUACAAUCACGCCAUCAAGAAGCUCAUACCAAGAUGUCUGCCGAAAAAUAUUUGUGCUAAUGAUUACUUAAGGUCUUAGUAUAGAGUAGCAUUUCAAAAACAUUCCAUACACACGAUAUGAAAUUCAAAAAUGUUUAAAUUGUUCAUGGCAUUAAUGAAGCCUUCACAAAGAAGCCUUAGGACCGAGAAGCAUAUUAAUAUUUCAAAUUACUCUUAUAAAGACAUAAACUUGAUUAAGACGCACAAAAAUCGAGGAUUGUGUUAUUGUUUUUAGUGAUAACGACUUAAGCCACGACAUACUCGAAAUUGAUAGACCCUAGGCUAGAUUCGGAGAUAAAAACGUAAGCUAAUGUUUCGAAAGCAAAUGUUUGUGUAGCGUAGUGUAGUGUUAACAAACUGAUCUAGCCGGCGUAUUAGUUAGAUAAUGUGGCCUCUAAUGCUCUAAUCUGUUGGACACUGAAGAACGGAAUACUUUCACUGCGAAACACCUACGUAACACAUACAUACCACACCGAUCUCUUUCUUUACCUCGACAAAACAACUCAAAAGAAAAGCAAUCAAGGCUGACUUUGUACAUAGAGAUUUCAAAAGAUGAUCUUUGAGAAUAUGCUAUGGAAACCGACUUUUACAGCAAUAUAAGUAAGCUCUAACUGAUAUUCAAAUUAGAUAACUGGGCGCACUGCCAAUAAUUGGUUCCACUCCCACACGGGGUGCACGGCUAAGAAUACAUAAAAGGUAGACAUAGACAUACAAAGUAAUGGCAAAAUUCGAAAUCAAUUUUUUUGAAAAUUAUUUCAAGGGUAAACAAAUGAAAAAUCGAUAAUAAUAAAAUAAAUAAACAUGGUAACAUUUUAAAACGGAUAUUAACCAAAUAUAUACAUAAUUGUGGCUUUGAUAAGGAAUAUAUACUUUUAAAUACAAACGAUAAUAGGCAGCUUAAAUUGCUUACUUGUUGAAUUAUUUGAAAAUAAUGCCCGAUUCUAAAGGAUAUUCCCAUACCAUACCAGUAACCAAAUAACUUAAAUUGUCAGUAGAAUAUUUAUGAAGUGUUAAAAACUAUUCUUUUUCAAAUUUAUUAAAUUUUUAAAUAUUUCCAUAUUGAAUCCAAUAUUAUUCUAUUUAAAAAAUGUUAGCCACAAUCUCUUCGGCAAGUAAGCAACUGGAAAGCGUUAACAUCAACAUAUUUAUACGGAAUAUACCUAUAUAUACAUACAUACUUAAAUUAAUCUAAUGGUAAUCGUACGUGUUUGGUUCAAGUUUUUGUCCUUGAUUUUCAAAGUUUAUGGAUUCGUCAAAAUGGCUGUUAAUUUUUGGGAAGUAAUUAAAUUGCUAAAAUGCAAAACAGUUAAAUGGAAACUAAGCAAAAAUUAAAUUAAAGCAACAUGAACAAUUGUUGGAUUACGUAUAUAUUUAAGCAACACGUUGCCUGCGACAGUUUGAAGCAAAAGGAAAAAAUAAAUGUAGCAAUAUAAAAAUUAAAGCCUAAACAUUAAAGUAUUUAUCAAACCAAAUCAAAUGCUUCAGCCGCUUGUUGUUUGUUCAGAGCAUUCAAAAGUAAUUAAUUUUAGGUAAAAGCUGCAAUGUUUAGAUAAGUAUUACAAAAGUGCAUACCGCACCCACGAUCUCUGUUAUUUUUUGUAAUAAAGGGCCAAGACGCCAGCUAAUGCAGUGUAGGAAACAAAAAAUAUUGUUAAUCGGACAAAGAGCUAACCACAGAAUAACAAGUGAAACGCACCGAAACUAAAUAUUAAGCAAUUGAUACGGUUUGCAAACAAAUUGUACUUAGAAAUGCACAGCUGGCAUGACCGAUGCGCAUAUAUGGUACAUAUAUAAGUCGGCAAACCGAUAGAAAAGUAGAGAACGUUUUUGGAAAAUGCGCAACUGGCGUAAAUAAAAACAAAAUAAAGUGAUAUAAAAAGUAAACUCUUUUUCUUUCAAUAUUAUUAUACCAGGUA